AGAGUGCAUGUGGAGUUUGUUAUUAUUUACGGGUCAGAGAACACAGCUGAGAGCUCCAUUAGAAGCUUCACGCCACCGGUUGGACCACACCCAUCCUCAUCAUCAUCUGCGUUAUCAACCUUGCGUUCAUUCUGUUUCACUCGUUGUCGUGCAUAAGCCCAGCAGCCGAAACAAGUUUUUGGUAGUUUUUGCUUCAUUAAUUCAUACAUUUACAUAAUAGUAGCCACUCCGAGGCGUUCAAGUUGCUUCCCCGGAAGCGCAGUUCCCGUGUAUUCGCUCAUCACAGUCCGCCAUCAACUAAGCCACCGUCAGUUGUUUCACAACAUCGAAUCACCUCGCAACCGGCACCCUGAGCGAAAAAAAAAACAAAAAUGACCGAAUCAUCGAAAGAGUCUCAAGCUGCCCAGCUGCCGGAAUUUGUCCGACAGUCGGCUAUCCGGGCCGCCGUCAAUCUCGGGUUCACGCCGGAUAAGUUCCACGUUCGCUUCGAGGCCGGUUCCAACUGCGAUGGACUGGUUGGCGAGAUCCACCGGGUCACGAUCACCGAAGGCGACCGACAGGAGGACCUGUUCUGCAAGAUUCCUCCGUUGAGCGCAGCCCGCCGUGAGGAGUUCAACUCGAUGACCCUGUUCGAGAGGGAGAUCUUCCUGUAUUCGACGGUGCUUCCGGCCAUGUUCGAGUUUCAACGCGACAAACAGGUGCGUGAAACGGAAGGUUUCUUCAAUGUCCCGAAGUGCUAUUUGACCCUUUUCGACGCAGAUAGCGAAGAAUCGGUGAUACUGAUGGAGAAUCUUAGCAAUAAAGGUUACCGAAUGGGUAAGAAGGUCGAACCCGUUGAUUUGGACCAUGCUCGAUUGGUCAUGACCAACUUGGGACGAUUACAUGGCCUGUCUCUGGCGCUGAAAGACCAGCAACCGGAUCUGUUUGAGAAGUUCAAACUUUCCGAUGUGUUGCUGCCAGCCGUCAAACACAGCGAACAGCUAGUGGCAAUGUUCAACGCCGCUUUGGAGAAUGCAAUUUCUUUGUUGGGACCCGAACAACAAGUCGAACGAACGCGAAUGGAAGCCUUGAGAGAGGAUCACAUACAAACUCUGGAAGAGUGCUUAGAUGGAUCCAGAGCCGAACCGUACGCCGUGUUGAACCAUGGCGAUUGCUGGAUCAACAACCUCCUAUACGGAUACAAGGAUGGCAAACCAACCGAACUAGCACUCAUUGACUGGCAAUUGGCGCGCUAUGUAUCACCCGCCCUGGAUGUCCUGUAUUUCCUGUUCUGCUGCACGGACGACACCUUCCGGGAGAAGCACUUCGACGAAAUGCUCGAAAUCUACCACAGCUCGCUAACAACUUUUCUCGAACAGGUUGGAAGCGAUCCGCAGGAACUGUUCCCCUUCACUGCCCUUCAAACGCAACUGAAAAGCUUUGGCAAGUUUGCCGUCAUCAUGGCCGCUUUCGACGUUCCCAUCCUGUGUACGGAUCCAGCCGAGAUGCCCGACCUGAACGGAGGGGACCUGGCGGAAGGUUUCGCAGCGUCACCAGAAGCACAGCUAAGGUAUGCCGGCCGAAUGGGCGGAAUCAUUCGGGACGCGGUCCGAUAUGGCUAUCUCUAGUGUGGUUUUUAGUAGCGAAACAGUAUUAUUGAAAUGAUAUGCUUUUUACGAUUGAUAA